AUGGAUUUUAUGUACGAAGGGCGUGAUGCAGGGGUCUUACUUCACUUUACUUCAUUGCCUAGCAAGUGUGGAAUUGUUGGGGAUUUCGGGGAAAGUGCUGAACCGUUUCUAGCAUACCUUAAGGAUGCCGGGUUCUCCUAUUGGCAAGUGCUCCCCGUCGGGCCUUGCACUUAUUCUCAGUCUCAGCCCGGUUGUCCAUAUUUGAGCACCAGUUCUUUCGCACUGAACCCUUUGCUGGUCUGUCCUGCUGGUUUAAUAUCUCUCGGGCUUGUCACCGUCGAAGAAGUAACUCAGCUAGUGGCCAAAUGGCAGGCAAAGCAACAGGAGAGGAGACCCUUUAACACAGAAUGCUCCUAUCAGGAUACGAAUGAACCUGGAGACUUUGUUGACUACCAUGUAGCCAAGGGCUACAAGGAUGAAUUGCUAGCCCUUGCGUACAAUGCAUUUACUAGGAAGACUCCGACAGAAGAAUAUGAUGAAUUUUGCAGGACCAACAAAUUUUGGCUAGACGGGUAUGUGCUAUUUGAAGCCAUACAGGCACGGCAUCCCCAUGCCUCCUCGUGGCUUGAGUGGCCCGAGGAAUAUCGGUCAUAUAGAAGUCUUGUAAAGAAUGAAUCAUUGCUGCAGAACCUUGAGCUGCUUCCCGGAGGGGAGAGCGUCACUGAAAAGAAAGUUGCGGGACCGAUUGAGCAGCUGCAACCACAAUUCCACCGGUUUGUGCAGUUUAUACUUUCACAACAGUGGAGCCAGCUGCGUCUUCAGGCCAACACAAAUGGCAUCAAAAUCCUGGGUGACAUAGCAUUUUACGUCAAUAUGCACUCUAGUGAUGCCUGGAGCAACUCCGAGAUGUUUCAGAUGGACAUUACUACCAAUAAGCCGCUCUACGUUUCUGGUGAGGAGGCCUGUAUAUCGCUAACACAUGGGCAGACCGUUAAUAACAGUACGAGUGAUGCACGAGUAGAGCUACAGCAUUACUAG